AUGUACAUCCUCAAGACGCUCUGCGCGGCCGCCAUCCCCACCACGAUGGCCUCUGUCACUUGGUCGGUCGCCGAAAAUGCCACCGUGCUGCAAGCGCGAGGCCCCCAGUGGCGUGGCGGUCCCGGCAACACGUACAUCAGUUUCACGGCCUACAGCGGCGACCAGAGGAUCCCCUCCACCGCUGGCCAGGCCCCGUCCGGCACCACUCGGGGGGAAACGUCUCUAUCGGUGGCCUCUCUCUACUCCAUGUCUUCCGCCGGGUCGCCCUCGACCAUCGGAACAGGCGGCGAUUGGUUUGGUAUUGCCAACAAGUGGCGUGUCGCCGGUGGCAAGCCCGCCUUCGUCCAGGAUGCGACCCUGGUCGGGAAUGCCCAGAAGACUGCUGACGACUCGGUUGGUGGCCUGCAUCACGAGCUGAACCCUGGCACAUUCGCGCAGGUCUUGGCCCCCGGGGAUCGGAACAACUUCGAGAGCGUCUACGUGGGGGGCUGGCUCUGCGAACUUCCAGCAUCGCCUGGUCUGAAUGACAUCUGCUCGACCGCCGCCCAGGGCUGGAACCACGAAGGACAGACAGGCCAUGCCGAGAUUCUCACUGGUGACUAUCAGAAGAUCGGGUGCGCCCUGGGCGACAGUACCGGCGUCUGGGCCUGUGACCUCUCCUGA